AUGUCGAUCUCCCCGCCUCAGAUGCGCCCAGAAACGACUUUGACCAAGAUUGCCCUUCAAGCGACACUCCUCGACCAGGAUGCCCCGGAUCUUGAAAGCGAUUAUUCGCCUGAAUUAUGGGAGGCAUUGCGCCUUGAAGACGGAUUCCUGGCAAUGCAAACAUUGCGGCUCAGUCUCGAACGGAAUCUGCUUCACCACCUUGGUGGUGAAGGAUAUUCUGAGCUUCUCUUGCGUCGCAAUGCCGCUUUCGAACUUGAGAACGGACUGAGAGCUCAAGCCGAAGUUGCGCUCUUCCAAGUCUCUUGGUGGGGACAACAGCUCUUCAUGAACUUUUAUGCCGAGAGAGCUCGUCGCCUGUGGGACCUCAUAACGGACUGA